CACAUGAGUUGAUUACAUCAAAAUCAAAACCAAACAUUGUGAAAAAUGUCAGGGAUCAUCAACAAGAUUGGAGAGGCUCUUCAUGUGGGAGGAGGGCACAAGAAAGAGGAGGAGCACCACAAGAAAGAAGAGCACCAUGGUGAUGCUCACAAAGGAGAGCACAAGUCAGAUCAGCACCAUGGAGGGGAGCACAAGGAGGGGAUUGUGGACAAGAUCAAGGAUAAGAUCCACGGUGACGAAAAGGGUGAGAAGCACGACGAGAAGAACAAGAAGGAUAAGAAGGACAAGAAGAAGAAGAAGCACGAGCAUGGCCAUGACCAUGACAGUAGCAGCAGCAGCGACAGCGAUUAGAUCUUUUCCUUUUCUAUGUCAAGGGUUUGUACGGGACCAAAGUGGAGGAGACUCAGUGUGUGUAUGCCCUUAAAUAAAUAAUGCUUGAUAGUUUGAGAGAGAAAUGUCAUGUGUUUCUGCUUUUUUAUUUACUCUGUAAAAGUACCUUGCAGCUUUGUUUUACGUUGGAUGUAAUGUAAUGCUUCAAAAAAUAUUAAGUUUAACUAUCUAUUGCUUAUGCCUA